UGCAAACGGGUUAGGUUAGAUCUACAGAUACAUUUACAGCUAAUUUCAGUAUGUGUUCACGUAUGCAAUGAUAGUUUGCGGAUACGAAUUUUGUAAUCAUCGAUUCGACAAGAAAUUUUUUAUUGCAACGACGAACUUAUUGGUUAUAACAUGUGUCAUGUGGAUCUUUAUUAUUCAUGUUGUUAAUGUAACAUAAUUUUAAGUGAUAGUCGAUCAUAAAACGACCUUUGUGGAGGUUCAGUGUGCAUGCGCUACGUGCACUCAAUCGAGGCAGUGGUGUUACUUUACCUAAGGCAUAUGACGGACGUUAGCAGUUUUCUUUUUACUUUAAGUAUAAAUUGGCAGCAAGAACUGGCCAGAUGAAGGGUGAAUCUAAUUGCUUCUAUGGUGCUUUGUUUAUUAUUAUUAUAGAUCGUGCAUAUUUUAAUUUCAAUCUUCUUUUUUACAAUUUCUAUGGUUAAUCAUUAAUUGUAUCGUCACUUUUUUAUAAGAAGUAAUUUACAUUCAUUUUCAUACUCUUCGGCGUUCUGCAAAAAUAUUUAAGUGGGCGGUGUUCCAUUUCGUAAAAAAGAACAACAAAAAAUACGAAAAAAUGUUUAUUAACUGUCAAAAAGUUCUAUCAUUGUUAUAUAAUUUAUUUCAUUAUAUUAUGAGUCAAAUAUACGAUUUUUCCACUGUAUUUCACAAGAAUACUUGAUGUUAUGCCUUCUACUUCAAUUAUUUUUAUAAAAUAUUACCAUUCUAAUUUAAAUAAGUUUUUAAUACAUUUAUAUAUCUAUAAUUGUUUUAAUGACACACACACAUACACGCACGCACGUGCAGUAGAUUAAUAUACAAGGUUAAUAUAUUAGUGCAUAAGAUAGAUAUAUGUAUAAUAAUUGAAUCAUUUGAAAUGUAAAAAAGAAGUACUUUUAAUUGUAUGAUACAAUAUAGAUAAUGUCAGAUGACGAUGCUGCAUUGGACUCAAUGGAUACAGAAGAAGAUAUCUUUUCUCCGAGAAACCGUAGCCUGGGCUCUAAUGCCAGAAGGGUUAAAAGUUUGCGUACUUUACGAUCACAUUCAAAUUCUACUUCUCAUAUAUCUAUGAAUAACUUAAGUGUGCGCCGUAGCACACGUCAUAGAAUGCAAACAUAUGAUAAUCUUAAUACUAGCUGGAUUUUAGGUACACAAACAUUGAAAGGUUAUCCUAUGUUUCAACAACAUGGUUCUUCAUCUGACAAAGAAAUGGUGGAUGAAGUUCCUGAAAGAAAACGUGAUGUUAGAGAGCGCAUGCCUCUUAGAUCACGUGAAAAUCACCCUCCAAAUAAAAACUCUAGACAUAUUAGAGAAAGAACAGAACAUGACAGACAAAAUAAUAGAGAACUUAGAGGAAGAAGUGAUCGUGAUCUUAGAGAAAAAACAGAGCAAGACAAAGAUAUUAGAGAUCUCAAGGAUAGGCAGGAAAGGGAAAGAACAGAGAGGGAACAUAAAGAUAAAAUGGAAACCAGAAGUAAAUCUAAUGAGGAAAAGGAUGUAAGGACAAGAAAAUCUGAUAGUCCAAGUAGACUUAGAGAAGGACCUGCUACAAGACUUGGUGGAAAUUUAAGUGAAAAGGAUGUGAAGCCUAAAGUAGAACGUGUUGAAGCUGAUGAAGAUAGCUCACAAGAAAGUGAGAAACCUGAAAAUAACGAUAAUUCUGAAAAUGAAGAUGGUUAUGAAGAUAUGUAUACCCGUAUUAAACGAACUAGAAGGACAGCACAGCGGCAAUUACCAAGGGGUAAGAAACUUACAGUGGUAGAUAGUGAUUUAAGUGAAUCUUCCGAUUCCCCCGGUCCUAGAAAGUAUAGUUUACGUCAGAAAAAACCAGCUGUAGAUAGAUUUCAAGCUAAUGUAGAACCAGUUCGGCGAUCUAUAAAGGCACUUAGAAGUGUUCUUAGUAAUUCCAUGAGAAGGCGUAAACAUAGAAGCAAAAGUACAAGCUCUAGUGAUUCCAGUGAUUCAGAACCUCAACGUUAUGAUAAGAAGAAAAGUAAAAAAGCAAGGCAAUCAGCAAUACCUCAAGGUGGACCACCUGAUCGUAAAGCAGAUAUAAAUCCAAUUACUUUAGAUACUAAUAUUAGAUUCAAUGAUGUUGGAGGCUUAGAAUCACAUAUUCACUGCCUUAAAGAAAUGGUUGUUUUUCCUAUGAUGUAUCCAGAUGUUUUUGAACGUUUUCAUAUUACCCCACCAAAAGGAGUAUUAUUUCAUGGUCCACCAGGAACUGGUAAGACAUUGAUAGCUAGAGCAUUGGCAAAUGAAUGUAGUCAAGGCAGUAGAAAAAUGUCGUUCUUUAUGAGAAAGGGCGCAGAUUGUCUAUCUAAGUGGGUCGGGGAAUCCGAACGCCAGUUGCGAUUGUUAUUUGAGCAGGCUCAACAAAUGAAACCGUCCAUAAUAUUUUUUGAUGAAAUAGAUGGCCUUGCACCUGUUCGAAGUACGAAACAGGAUCAAAUCCAUGCUAGUAUUGUAUCUACUCUUUUGGCACUUAUGGAUGGCCUCAGUGAUAGGGGAGAGGUAAUAGUUAUUGGAGCAACAAAUAGAAUAGAUGCCAUUGAUCCAGCAUUACGUAGGCCAGGUCGUUUCGAUCGGGAAUUAUUUUUUCCUUUACCUGCUAUGAAAGAAAGACUAGAGAUAUUGAAAAUUCACGUUAGCAAGUGGAAAAAUCCCCCACCUGAUCAAUUGUUAGAGGUAUUAGCUGAAAAAGCGACAGGUUAUUGUGGCUCGGACUUGAGAGCUUUAUGCACUGAAGCAGUUUUGCAAGGAUUGCGAAGAACUUAUCCGCAAAUAUAUAUAACAAAUAAUAGGUUACUUUUAGAUCCUGAACGAAUCAAAGUGAAAAAACGGGAUUUUUUACAAGCUAGUUCCAUUCUUGUACCAUCAUCACAAAGAGUGUCACCUUGUGCUAGAAGAAAAUUGCAACUUUUUAUGGAACCCUUAUUAGGACCUUUAUUGGAAGAGUUGCUUAAUUCGAUAAAAGGAAUAUUUCCACAAGGAGUUAAUUCUGCUAUGGCAAAAGUGAAAAUUACUAAAGGAAUUCAUCGUCCAAGGCUAUUAAUUUCCGGUGGAAAUUUGUCUGAGGGUCAAGGACCACAUUUAGCACAAGCAUUAUUAUAUCAUAUGGAACAUCUACCAAUUCAAACAUUAGAUGUUAGCACUCUUUUUGCAGAAAGUGGACGAUCGCCGGAAGAAACCUGCGUUCAGGUGUUUAACGAAGCUGCCAGGAAUGUGCCGUCCAUAAUUUACAUUCGGUCGAUUGAUCAGUGGUGGCCACUUGUACCUGAAACUGUAAAAGCAGUUUUUUUGUGUCGUAUUGCAGCACUUGAUCCUUCUUUACCCAUUUUAAUUUUAGCCACAAGUGAUAGAACAUAUCAGGAUCUUCCUACUCAACUUCAAAGUCUGUUUAGCGAACUUCGUAGUGAAGUUUAUUCUAUGAAAACACCAACAGCAGAGCAAAGAUCCAAAUUCUUCCGACCUAUUUUCAUGGUUCAGAGCUUGAAGCCACCAAAAAUAAAAGAUGACAAAGUAGAAGUUCUAGAGGAGCUUCCUUUAGCACCAGAUCCUUUACCAAAGAAAUUGACGGAAGAAGAAAAGAAAAUAAUAUAUGAAAAAGAAGAAGUUUCGUUAAGAGAAUUAAGAAUUUUCUUGAGGGAAAUUUGUGCAAAACUUGCAAGAAAUAGACAAUUCUUCAUGUUUACAAAACCAGUAGAUACGGAAGAAGUACCAGAUUAUAACAUGAUAAUAAAACAACCUAUGGAUUUAGAAACCAUGAUGACAAAAAUCGAUAUGCAUUGUUACCUUUGUGCUCGAGAUUUUCUUGAUGAUAUCGAUCUCAUUUGUAGAAAUGCUUUGGAAUAUAAUCCUGACAGCUUACGUGAUAGGCCUUCCCUUGGAAUAUUAAAGAGAGAUCCAGCUGACAAAUUGAUAAGACACCGUGCAUGCUCUCUUCGUGAUAAUGCAUACGCAUUAAUAAAAGCAGAAUUGGAUUCCGACUUUGAGGAUAAAUGUCGUGAGAUUUCGAAGAAUCGUAAAAUUAUUGAAAGUACGUCUAACAACGAGGUAGAAAAUAAGAAUCAGUCAAAAGCAGAGCAAUCCACGUCUGGAACCGAACGAACAGAUAAAAAAGACAUUGCGAGUCCUAGUCAUUCCUUGAUUGUAAAUGGAAGAAGAUAUAAUAAUUCUAGAAAACGUAGAAUACCAGCUUGGGCACGGGGCUAUGUAAAGAAAGUUCAUAAAAAGAAGAAAAUCGCAUUUGAUGAAAAUGUAACUGUAUCUGAUAACAAAGUAUGUUUAACUAAUGAAGCGACAAGUAUAGAUUUAGAAAAAUUCCAAGAAUUUGAAACUGAGGCAAACAGUGUUUUGAAUGGUCAUGUACCUCUGUUUGAUAAUUCUGAUUCUGAAAACGAUUCGCAAAAUGAAAGUUCAAAAGACAUGCAAGGAAUUCAAAGCAAUAAUGUCAGUGAUCAACAUAUUGAUGAAAUUGAAAAUAUGGAUAUAUGUUUUACGGAAGAAGAGAAGAAUGCGGAAAAUAGUGCAUCUAAUUCAUCGUCUAGACGGGGAAGUAUAGAUGAAUUAUCGUUUGCUAUUGAAAGUGAUUCUAGUCCAGCCAGAUUUGAGGAAACCGAAAGGUUUUUAGUAGAUAGGAAUGAAUUGGAGAAUGCAUGGCAAACCACUGUUGAAAUUACAAAGGAUUUUCCUGUAGAAGUACUAUGUGACAUUUAUGUGCAACUAAGUCGGUGUGUAGGAAAAUAUGCUCAGAGCUAUGAUAGAAAAUCACUGCCAAAGGAGUUGCUCAAGGAAGUGAAAAGAUUUGAAGAGUUCAAGACAACGUACGAGAAAGUUCAUCAUGUCGCUAAUCAAACCGACAUAUUAUAAGUCACACGCUACCUUUAGUAUCAUUAUAACAAAAUUUUUGUACAUUUACACUAAACAAAGAUUAUCAAUUAAUGUUAAAUCACAUGAUGAUUUAAAAUAGUACAUUUUUUUCGUUUCAAUCUUUACAGUUACUGAUAAUUAAUAAGAGGAAGGAGGUAACUUUAAUGUUAUAUAGAUAUAUAUGAAGGAAAACCGAAAUGGUGCAUUCGAAUUUCGGUUUUUAAAGACAUGGUGAAGUAUAACUGUGCAUUAAUCUUACAAGGAAAAGAAUGAUCGUUAUAUAUGAAACUAAAAGGAUACGAUUUUAAUCAUUUAUCUCUCAGUAUCUAAAUAUAAAAUGAUAAAUUAUUAUAAUAAUAUUGGCUUAUAAUUAUUAGUGGCUGACAUACUAUAUCUCACAGUAAAAAAUUUUGAUAUCAAAUUUAGAUAUUUCAAUAAUCAUACAUAAUUCUCGGUUAAUUAUAAAUUUUUGCAUAAAAAUUGGUAUAAAAAUGCAAUAAAAGUAAUUAGUUAGAAAACUACAAAUAAUUUGUUUUCUGUGCAAGUUGAUUUUAGUGGGAUACUUGUGAAAUAAUUUUUGCGUUAAUAUAUAGUACUUCAUGCCUCAAAGAAGUAUAUUUCUUCAUAACAAAAUUUUGCAAAUGAUGGUUAUACAAAGAUGAUGGUAAUUUAAUACGAUAUGUACUUAACUAUAGUUUUUUACAUGUGGUACUUGGCAGUACAUUAUAUCAAAUUAUUUUAUUGUAUCUGCACAUAGUAGAAUUCUAACAAAUCUUCAUAAAAUACAUUAUAGAUUCAUUAUAUGCGCCAGUUAUUACUUUGGAUUUUUACAGACUUUUACAUAAUUUUUAUAAAGGUACUUUAAACAUAGACAUAUCUUGACAUAUAGGUUCCAACAUGCAUAUAUAAGGUCAUAUGUGUUCUAUUUUUAAAAAGAAAUCAUUUAGUAAAUUAAUACUCGAUAUAAAAAUGUCUAAGUUUUAAAUUUAAAUUCAGUAAUUUUAUAUAAUUUUUUUACUGUUUCAUUAGAGGUUAUUAAUCAAUCAUUAAAGCAAUGAGAACUUAAAAACAAAUUUCAUAAAUUGUAAAACAUGUAAAUACAUUCCAAAUUUUAUGAGCAAUAUUACAUAUUGCAUAAUUAAAUAUUUUUGGCAUGUACAUAAUGGACUUUUAGGAGUAACUUGUACUAGAUUUUGAUAUUUAUUAUAUGCCUUCUUUUCGUAUUUAGAAAUCAUGGAUAAUUUAGUAAAUUAAAUUUAGAUAAUCUGUGUAUUAUUUAAAAUAACGCUUGAUACAAUAAUUUUUCAUCAAUGUGAAUAAAAAUUAUUUGUAUCUAGCAUAAAUUUGUCAUUCUUACAUACAUUAGUGAUUGGUCAUAUAUAAUGACUGGUCACGAAUGUUAUCAUGGCAUUAUUCAAAAUUUGAAUUUGUUAUUUUAGAUAGUACGAUUUUAUUGAGUACAAUUAUAAAAUUAUAUAGUUGAAUUAUAUUUAGAUAAUUAGUUUUUUAAUUAUAAUGUGGAUAAUGUACAAUCGAAACAUGGUACGUGCUCGUCGGUUUAUUUUAACCAAAGUUAUAAACGAUAAGCAAAGUAAUUAAAAAAUAGAUUUUGAUUCAGUUAUGGGUAUAACAGUGGAUAUAAUUGAAAAUCAGUAUAAAUAUGAAAUACCUCGGUAAAAAUCGUAAAUAUAUGCAAAGAAAAUCGUAUUUGUAUAAAUGUUAGAAAAUAUUUAACGUAAAACUUACAUUCUAGAUUCGUAUACUGGUUGUGAUUUAUACUGUAACUGUGAAAGAAUAGUUACCAAACAUUAUAGAUGAGAGAAAAAAGAUUU